AUGGCUGAUCCGCCUCUUCUUGCCGCGGCCCCUGCCGGCGAUGCGCACUCUGAUGUGUCUCAGAUGCACAACCCAACUCGAAGCAAGAACGCCAAAUCAACUCCGAUAGAUGCGGCAACACAAACCGACGAUAUUCCAUUCAACCCUCCGUCACGUCCGCCUCGAACAAUACCUCACCGCUCACCCUUCUUUGGAGUCUUUCGAACCGCCUACGAGAAAGCGGAUGCCUCUUUGGUCAGCGAGUCGCUGCUGUCAUGGCCGGAAAAGUACGGACACGCCGAACCUCCGGCGAUUCUUUUCGGUCCCCCAGGAACCGCAGGGACAGAGUUUACAUCUCUCCACCACCUAGACCACGAUACAGCGCGACGAGUGGAAGUUGUUCGCCGGGGUGCAAGAGCUGCUGGCUGGGACGUUUUCUUCGCCAGUGUCAGAGCCGCAUGGUCAGGCCCGUCGAUUUCCAAACUCCACUCAAAUGCCCAGCACUGGCCUGUCCACAAUGCGGAAUCCGCACUCUUUGAACACCUGGACCGCCGAGAGGUUGAUAGCUCCUGGUUCGACGUGGAACUCAUGUCCGUAUACGAUUUGGAUGGAGAGCCUGUAGUGCCACCAUGGGUUUGCAGCUUUAACCCACCGAGGCCUUCCAUGUUAAACAGUAUCAAGGGCCUGAUACACGAGGAGCUGUUCUGUACCUGUCCUGAUGAGCAGACUAUGCCGAAUUUCGCCUCCCAAUACCUUGAACAAAAAUGGAUCCACCAAUUCUGGCACGCAGAUACGAUUCUACUCCUUCCUCAAGCACAAUCUCCAGCUAUACUGUCCAGCUCGGCCGCUGUGAAUUCUCCCAUUGGCAACGAUGUAGUCUCACAUAUCGCCCAGUACUUCGUGGGUUUAGCCCUUCAACCCACCGCCGGAUUUCCUGAUGCCGAUUUAACAGUCCACAACGCCCGUGUCGCCGUUGAUAUGGUUUACCGGGUCAUGGACACUGCAGUAUUGGGCCCGGUAAAUGCGGAUACUAUCAUGACUCCUUCUGUGAAGGCCCAUAUACUCAAGUUCGCAGGAGAGCAGCGGGAUUACCCCCUCUUUCUUCGGGCUUGCACUCUUCAAGCCAGGCUCGACAGCGCCCCCGACCAGCAGCUUUUCAUUCCUUCGCUCGAUUCUCUCGCGAAGAGGAGGUCGUUAAUGAACUUUUGGUCUCCGCACCUUCGAGAAUGCCUAACUCAGAUCACCGGUCAAAGUAUUCUGUCACACCUGCCCGUGUCUUCGUGGCUCAAGCCUUUACUUAUCCCCGAUGACCUGCGAACGCCUUUACUUUGUUCAUCAAAGGAUGGCUGUGCUCUAGGAAAAGCCGCUCUCAGCUUUGACAACGAGUCUUCUAUUGUUACUGAACUUGUGACGAACAUUUUGAACCAAAUGCAGCUGCCCACUGAGCCGAUGCCGUGGAUCGCUGCGUUUAUCGAGUCCAUACACUUAAAGAUAGAUUGGGUAACAAGACGGCGUCUUUGCCAAUCAUUCCUCAAAUUCGACCACUUUUUCACAUCUCACCACAUACCAAGAUACGUGUCUGCUUGGUCAUCCGCGGACAUCAACAUCAUUGGCUUCCUCCUUUACCUCGCAAGACAAGUCGACAUUAAGCUCUACAAGGUGUGGAUAGCUGACCUAAGGAGAUCGGUCAAGCAAUGGGACGAUAUCUACAAGAAUGGCAUGGUGAGCUUUUUCAGCUCUGUCUACGGAGUUGUAUCAAAAGCAUCGCUGCUAGACUCUCUAUGCACAGAUUUGCUCAAGCAGUACUACCGGAUGUUCAUGCGGCCACCGCAAGCUCAUCUAUCCGGCCAUCAGGACUUGUCACGGACACCCUCCAGACCGGUUGAUCCUACCGACUCUAUAGCAAUGGAAGGGUAUCGGUUCUUAGUGGAUGCAAGCCAAGAGACAGCUCGGUUCAGAUGGACAGCCCUCGAAAGAGAUUUGGCCAAAUGGCUCUGGAAAGACACUGGGGUUCAAGUCACGCUUGAUCUGUCUACGCUGCCCCCUACUCUGAUGGUCAAGAAGCUUUCUACAUCCAGUGAUGAAUGGCUCAAGCGGAGAAAGGCUGCCGCCAAUUCAUGCAAAGACCUGGAAAAAAUUCGCCAUGCCAAAAUGGAACAAUUCCCAAACUCUCAACCACCAUACCUCGUGGAUUGGUCGUUCGCGGAUGGAACCGGCCCAGAUCCAGCAUGGGUCUUGGAAGAUGAUCCGGCAAUUCCACCCCCGGAAACCCCGAAUACACCCAGACGUCGAGUUCUCGACAGGGCGGUCUCACCUGGAAGCUCUCCCACAUUUGCUUCUCCUGCCAGCAGUGAGGUUAAUGAGCGCGACGAAAGCAUCAGAGAUGACACGUAUGGUGUUCCUCUGGAUGAGAAGCCUGACGACCAGCCAUCCCCAGAUACAACGGAGCUAACCAAAGAGGAAGCUUUCAAAACACUUUCGUACGAUGAGUUCAUGAUUCGGAGGCACAAAAUGGAACUGAGGGAUGAAUGGGAGAAAAUCCGCGAGGAAGACGAGGAGGAUUUGAAAGAGCUUUACGUGCUUCUUGGGCGUCGCAAGGGUCUUCCCCGAAAGGCAUACAUUACUGAGGAAGUUUUGCAGCUCGCCCAAAAUCCAUCCGAGGGACUUGUUACGGACCAUCGGAGACAUUGGUUGACGACCUCCUGGCACUCCAAGUACGGGAUCAAGAGGAAACGGGGCAUGGGCUAUGACGAGGACGAGGACGAGGACGAGGAUGAUGUUCAUCCCGUAUGGUAG